AUGAAUAAAGAGCUUGCUGAGAGGUUUUUAGAGAGUAUCUCCCAUGAACGAGAUCAGGAUGUGGAAAUCACAACUCAACUAUUGAACACUUUGCCCCUUCCGAAAUUAGUAGCAACCGGUUAUGCCAUUACCAAUUUGAAUUUGGAAAAUGUUAGAACUGGGCUAGCUGGUAAACUAUACUUAGAAUUGGGUCCAGAUCAAGCAAUUGACUCUGAGAUUAGUCGAGGUGAUAUUAAAGUUGGUGAUAUUGUGGUAGUAAAACCAUCCAUAUCUCAUCAUAAGAAACAUGCUAAUCCCAAGAAGCAUGGCAAACAUAAUAAAGAUAAUGGAACUGAUAAUAAUGAAGAGGUCACCGAGGAUGUUCAAUGCUCUGGUGUUGUAUUGAAAUUAUCAGAACAACAAAUUACAAUUACAUUGGAAGAAUCUCAAGAACAAGAAGCCACCAAGUUGUAUGCAUUUAAUCGUCUACAUCUUCUAAAGACCACCAAUACAAUUACUUAUAAGAGAAUGGAAUCAACAAUGAGAAAAUUAGCUGAAUUUGAUGGCGUCCCCAAUAAUAAGAUUGUACAAUAUUUGUUGAAUGAAAGACCCUUUAUUAAACAAACUAAUUCUGAUAAAAUUACGUUCAAUAAUCCGAACUUAAAUAAAUCACAAACUGACGCCAUUAAAUUUGCACUGGCAAAUGAUAUUAGUAUUAUCCAUGGACCACCUGGGACUGGGAAAACCUACACUUUAAUAGAAUUAAUUCAACAAUUAGUCGCCAAGGGUCAAAGAGUUCUUGUGUGUGGGCCUUCUAACAUAUCGGUGGAUACAAUCUUAGAAAGAUUGAGUAAAGCAUUACCAGGAAAUCUAUUGUUGAGGAUUGGGCAUCCUGCCAGAUUAUUAGAAUCAAAUUUAAGUCACUCAUUGGAUAUCCUUAGUCGAUCCGGUGAUGCAGGCGCAAUUGUGAAAGAUAUAUAUCAUGAUAUUGAUAAAACAAUAUCCGAUAUCAAAAAGAUAAAGUCAUGGAAAGAUCGAAAGGAAGCAUGGCGUGACGUUAAAGAAUUGAGAAAAGAGUUGAGGGUGAGGGAAAAGAAAGUAGUAAAUGAUUUAAUCCUUGAAGCUAAAGUCGUUGUUGCAACUUUACAUGGUUCUAGCAGUCGGGAACUUUGCAGAAUUUAUGAUCAAGUCCCACACUUAUUUGAUACUUUGAUUAUAGAUGAAGUAUCACAAAGUUUAGAACCACAAUGUUGGAUUCCAUUAAUAUCCCAUUAUAAAUCUGAUAUCUCCAAAUUAGUUCUUGCCGGUGACAAUAAGCAAUUGCCACCAACAAUUAAGACAGAAGAUGAUAAAAAAACCCAACUCAUUUUGGGAACCACCUUAUUUGAUAGACUUGUUAAACAUUAUGGGGAUAGCUUUAAACAAUUAUUAAAUGUUCAAUAUAGAAUGAACGAAGAUAUCAUGGAAUUUUCAUCGCAAGAAAUGUACGAUGGCAAGUUAUUGGCAGAUGCAAGUGUGGCCACUAAUGUUCUAACUGAUUUACCAGGGGUCGAAAAUAAUGAUGACACGACCGUUCCAUUAAUAUGGUAUGACACUCAAGGUGACGACUACAUAGAAACUGCUGAACAGGAUGAAGGAAUUAUUUCUUCCAAGUUUAAUGAAAAUGAGGCACUUUUAGUUAAACAUCAUGUCAUAAAACUUAUAGAGAGUAAUGUACCACAAACGGCUAUAGGGAUAAUCUCUCCAUAUAGUGCGCAGGUAUCAUUAAUAAAAAAAUUGAUUAGAGAAGAUUAUCCAUUGAUUGAGAUUUCCACUGUGGAUGGAUUCCAAGGAAGAGAAAAAGAGGUAAUAAUAUUAUCGUUAGUUCGUAGUAAUGACAAGUUCGAAGUUGGUUUCUUAAAAGAUGAAAGAAGGCUGAAUGUGGCAAUGACAAGACCGAAGAAACAAUUGUGUGUUGUAGGAAAUAUUGAAUGUCUUGAGAGAAGUCGUGUUAAAUUUUUAAAAAAUUGGGCAGAGUGGUCUGAGACGAAUAGUGAAAUUAGGUAUACAGAUAUUAAUGAUCUUUAA